AUGGCCCGGGCAACGUCACUGUGGCUGACAUUCGUCGACCUCAGUGGCAGCCGAACUCGGACGAUACAUGAACUGCACAAAAAGUAUGGCCAUGCCGUCAGAGUGGCACCCAACGAGCUAUCCCUCUCCAACGUCGAGUGCAUCAAGGAGAUCUACGGGCAGCAGACUAGCUUCAUGAAGGCCGAGGUCUACGACACAAUGAGCCUCCGUCCGUUCGGUAUCUUCGGCAUGCGAAAUAAAGACGACCACAGCCAGAGACGCAGACUGCUCAGCCACGCAUUCGCACAGUCAUCACUCACGAGCACAGAACCGUUGAUACGAUCACACAUUGAGAAGCUCCUUGGGCUCGUGUGGAAGAAGGUGAACGAGCCCAUAGAUGUGGUUUACUUCUUCAGGCUGCUUGCAUUUGACGUUGUCGGUGACCUAUUCUUGGGGCAAUCAUUUGGAGGCCUUGACACCAGCGACCCACCUGAGUUCCUCGUUGAUAUGGAUCUACAUUUCAUUGCUGCUGGAAUAGAGGCCAACUUCCCACCAUUGUACAAGAUCCUCAAUCACACACCGCUCCCGUCGGUCCGCCACCUAUUUGAAUCGAGAAAUAGGGCACAUGAAUUUGGUCGGAAAGCGCUUCAGAGAUAUCUCGCAACCUACGGCCGUGAGUCAGGACGAAAAGACCUGCUGAGUAAAGUGGUUUGCUUGAAGUCGGAGACCGGCGAGCCGAAUCUUACGGAUCUCGAAAUCUACACCGAGAUUGCUAAUCUUGUCUCCGCCGGUACAGACACAACAAGCAUGACUCUCACGUAUAUGUUCUGGGAGCUAGCAAAGCAACCAGACUGGCAGAAGAGGCUGAGCGAGGAACUGGACCAGAAUAUCGCGCAGAGCACUACUUCCGUUGCCGCUUACGCUGACUUGGUCCACUUGCCAAUACUUGACGCCAUUGUGCAAGAAGCCCUUCGGCUCCACCCUGCGGCGCCGGCUAGCCUGCCAAGGGAAACUCCUGCAGGUGGAAGGGUUCUCAACGGGAUCCAUGUCCCAGAGCGUACGACUGUCUCAAUGCAGUGCUAUACAACCCAGCGCGACCCCAGUGUUUUCACGGACCCCGACCGGUUUGAUCCCACUCGGUACCUGUACGACCAAUCGAACGAGAUGAAGGAGAUGUUCAUGCCCUUCUCCAAGGGCACACGCGCAUGCAUCGGCAAGAAUCUGGCGCUCAUGGAACUGAAAUUGAUCACGGCGGCUUUGAUAAGAGAAUUUUCGGUUGGGUUGGCCCUGCAAUGCACAGAGGACAGCAUGACCAUGAUGGACCACUUUCUCGUCCUCCCUAAAGGCGGACGCUGUGAUUUGGUUUUUACACCACGGCGAGAAGUGGCCAUGAAACAGCCAGGCUUGUCAAAUACCUAG